CAAAGAUAUUUAGCAGUAAGAAUCUCAUCAGUAUCUUGGUAAGAUUACUGAACGAAAGAGUGGUAUUCCUUUUGCUAGAUGAAAAACUACAAUUUCAGGUAUGAAUCAAUUAGUAAUAUUAAAGUAAAAAGGAUCAUUACCAAAUUGAAAUUUUACAUACUAACUCAUUUUCGUAUUUUCUUUCCAUAUAGUAUGAUACGAGUUGUUGGUCUGACAGUGGCAUUUGUGUGUUUUAUGUUUCAAAGGUAAGCAGCAAUAUCAGAAUAUCAGCCGCUUAAUCGUUUAGCGCUUAGGACGCUUAGGACUUAGAUCUUAAGCGCUUAGGACAGCAAUGUAUAGGCGCUAUAUAAAUAUCAUUAUUAUUAUUAUUAUUAUUAUUAUCGUUGCUCGUAUAGGAGGUUGGCUUCAUCCCUGUUUACAUUACAAUAUGGACCCAAUGAAUCAAGUAUAUGAGAACGAGCGAAUACCAUCCCCUUAUUGAAGCAAAAUUAAAAUCUGAUUUAGAAGAGCAAUGGAGACAAAAUGACCUUGAAGCUGUCGGAUUUUUAAUCGAAUAUAAAUUCUGCUCUCACUAGACUGGGUUUUUAAUGAAAAGCUCACCAAUUUUUAUCUUGACUACUUGAACUGAGCAGAUUUCCGUUGUGAAAUUGAAAGAAAAUCCCAGAGCAGAUGGUUUAUCUAUGUGAUGACAAUACUGCGUUCAAUUUCCCUCUUUAGUUUUGCCGAGAAAAAGGCAUAUGACUGACUUACAAUAGCUGGAAAAUGACCUCAUUGAAUCACAAGUCGGUUAAAUUCAGUAUUUCUGGACCGUUUUAAGUCUCUAACAGAAAUUGCUCUGUACCUUUUCUUAAAGUUAUUUCACUCUGAAAUGUCCAGCUACAACUGUAUUUAGAAUGGUAUACGGGGGUUUUCAUUCCCAUUCUUCAUGAGUCACCGUGGGGGCUGGGGGGCCACCGUGGGGGCUGGGGGGCCACCAUGGGGGCUGGGGGCCCCAGUUGUAUAGUUAAAAAAUGCCUUGACUUUUAGAUUACUUUGACCGACACACUUUCAGUUGGGUUCAUUAUAGGCUUUACCAAUCAGUCUAUCAUUUUCAUUAGGAUUCUAGACACUCCAAAUGUGUAGAUAAUAAGCUUUAAGUUAGAAUCAAUCUAUUGUUGUUGUUGUUGUUGUUGUUGUUGUUCAUGCUAGUUCCCCGUCGUUAGCAACAGCUACCGUUCCAUUUAUUAAUGGCAUGCGACUCGGAACUUCUUUCGACUCUGACAAAUUUCGCGUUGGAUACGAUCUGGUUGGGGACGCCGUACGGGGCAAUGCAAUUGAGAGCCGUCAUGACAUGUCUAAAAUGAAGUUUAAGAUGAUCAAAUCUCAAAAAGAUGUCAGCGAUGUUUUGGAUAUCUCGGGAGAAUUAUCUGUGAAGGUCAUGGCAGGUCUGGUCGAUGUUCAAGCAAAAGGAUCGUACCUGAAAAGUUCAGUGAAAAGCGAAAACUCUGUGGAAAUGUUGGUCCAAAUAUAUUAUCGGACGGUAAGAUUUAAAAUUUUUUUCUCUAUUAAUCAGUUUCUGCAAAUGAAGUUAUUAGCGUGAAGAAUAAAUACCAGGUCCAUCAACUGACAAACUUGUACCACGGCGUAUUAAAAUACCAUGUGUUUUACUACGCCCUGCUUGUACGUUGCCCCUAAGUCGAAAAUAAAAAUCAGGCACCGUCAGUUGAUGAGAAUUAUCCUGUCAAAUUUCAUGACGAUCGGACUCAAAAUGAAGGAGCCUUAGGCUUUUUCGAAUAGGGUCGCCCCUAAGAAGAAGAGAUUAGCAGGGAUUGGGAACCAGUUCCUUGUCCAAAAAUGUUGUUCACUCCUAAAAGCACCAUUUAAAUUAAACUACGUUUUAAGAAGUUGACGACACUCAUAGUUAAUAACGUUAACUACGUUUUAACUGAAGUUUAUUUGUACAACAGACUUAACCAGGGGGACCUGUCGAUAAAGCUAGAGUUAAAGUUAGUCAUUAUUUUCAUUUAACUUUAUUUCAGGUAACUAAGACGAUUACUGAUGACGUAAUGAUACCGAUAAACAACUGGCGCGACAAAAUCGGUAGUGACAGACAUUACGUACGCAGCGUUACAUACGGUGGGUAUUUGAUUGCGACUUUGAAGUAUAUCGCGAAGCAAGAUGAAACGAAAGAAGACAUACAAGCUUCGCUUGAAGUAAACGUGAAUACAAAGAAAGUGAAUGUCGGUAUCAAGGGACAGUUCCAGAGUCUUUCAGAAGCUGCUAGCAGCGUUGCCAACUUGCAGAUCUCUUAUACUUCAUCUGAAUUACCCGAUAACACGCCCAUUGACUUGGACACGAUUCUUGAAGAAAUUAAUAAAUUCCCAGACAAGGUUUGUUUAUAUGGGUUUUCCUUUGUCCGGAGAAAAUUUUCGAAGCAAACAGGUAAAGCCUAGAUAGAUAGAUCGUUUAAUUGAAUCAAUAUUUAGUGUUGUGAACUGAAUUACUAAUGAAUUUACAAACCAGAUGCUACUUAUACUCCUUUACAAUCUCACGAGCAUGCGUAGAUUGUACAUGCUGACGUGUACUGGAUAUUAAUGACAUGAAUUACUAAGAUAUUCCAGGAUAUAGUCAGCAAAGUUAUUAAUUUAUUGAUAGAACUUUAUAAAGUUAAGAAAAGUUUAAAGGCCUCAAAACAAUAUUACGUGACUCAGGAGUAAUUAAAGGCACUGUAAACGUACAUUCUGAGCUUCAUUUUGUUGCAAAUAGAUCUUUUUCGUCAAAGCCAUAUAAUAACAGAUCUUGAUGUCUGUUAUAUGUAAUAUCGCUGUUUAGUACAAGUUAUAGAGACGAAAUUACCACCAUUUGAUUCAGCAUAUAUAACAAUCUAUUGGAAAAAAACAGUUAUGUUUUGGCUUACCAUGCAAUGCAAACGAUUUAUCUUGUGGUUAUUUCGAUUGUGUAAUAAACAGUUUAAAGACUAUACCGGAAGUUGAUCAUACAAACAUUAUGAAAUGUAUCGAAGUCUUUUUUGCCAUAUAACUUCGCUUGCCUAUAAAACCAAGCGUCGCCGGUAACCUCGUUCCCAGGGUCUUUAACAGACCCCUGGGACCGAGGUUGGUGUCGUAGGUUCGAUUCCCACGGUGGUCAAGCAAACGUUUCAGGUUGAUCGAUGUGGACACACUCUGAAACAACAUCAUAAACAUAUAUCUUCACCUGAGUACAGAAACAAAACAUUUGGUAACUUUAUGCAUAAAUGCCGUCCUGUUUUCUUCCAUCAUUCCAUCAAUGGUUGGAGGGCGUGUUAGAAAGCUAAGUUUCAAAACUGAUGGUGCAUUUGUAAUUGCUUUUAAUGAGUUAUUAAAAAGAGACAGGGGAAAAUUCCUGCCCCAAGUGAUUUUGAUGUGUUUAAUACUAUAGAUAAAGAAAAGUAAGGGUGGCAUUGGAGUUCCAAUCGAGGUCGAAGUCCGCGAACUGAAGUAUCUUCAGGGGAACAACGAUCUAGCCUACGUUAUAAGCGGCCUGAUCGCUGGAAAGGUUGCUAGGUUUGAGACGAUGUUUGCGGACUUGGAGACGACCUAUGACGCGGUGACCAACUUGGUAACAGAUCCAAAACAUCAAAGAAUGGAUGACCAACUAGCACAGAUAUACGGACAGUUUCAAGGAAAUAUAGACAGAAUAAGAAAAUUGUUUUAUAAAGCCGUCGCUGAACUAAACCUUGAUGAAAAACCGGGAGAGCUGGGUGCGCUCUCGAAAGCUUUUGAAGCCUACGUUAACGGGGAUAAAGGCUUUGUUCCUGGAAAAUAUUCAAGGCAGUUAAAACGACUACAAGUAGAGGAGCCUUUGCCAGUGCCUGUGGUAAGUCAUCAUACUAUGAUUUAUUUUUUUUCUUGCAGUCCGAAGUCAUAUUUUACGCUUUUCUGCAAUCUGAUUGGCUACGUGAGCGGUCCGUAUGAGCCCGUACGGACCGCGCGAGAUUUAAUGCCGUAGAGCCAAUGUUUCUAUUUUUAAAAAUUUAAAGACGAGUUUAAAGGCUACUUUUUAAAAUAUUAAAAUGUCUGCAGACGAUGAAGAACAUAGUGAAAGCGAAUUUUACUAUCUCACAAAAGAUAUUACUCUUCCCGAUAGCAUUGAUAGAAACGACGUUUUAUUUGGCAGCUUCAUUCGCGUGCGGGAGGAGUGAUUGGGGAAAUCCAGAGGAGGAAUUAAAAAAAAUAAAAAUAUUAUUUACCGGUAUGGUCGGUCCGUAUAGAGAAAUAUUUCUCUCGGUCUUAAAAACGUCCCUCGGCCUUCGGCCUCGGGCCGUUUUUAAGACCUCGAGAAAUAUUUCUCUAUACGGACCUCCAAUCCGGUAAAUAACAUAUAUAUAUUUUGCAGUGUAUUGAAACGUAAAUCUCGAAAUGAAUAACUUAUAUAGAGUAAAACGUUUGCAUUAAGUUUACCGAUUUAUUUUAAGACGACCUCGUACCCAGGGCUUUUUGCUUCCGUGGUUGGAUGGCAAGCGAAAAGGGCACCCUGAAUUUUAGAGUGUUGUAGUAUGAUAAUUAUAAAUAUCAGUGUAUUGGGUGUCUCACUCUCGAUACAAGUAGUUGUUGAAAGGUCUGUAGAUGCAAAUUAUGAGUGAGAAUUUUAUACAUUUAUUAAACCUGACCAGGAGCAGUAAAAAACAGAAAGUUCUCCCAUUUUAAACAACCGGCCCUGCCAGGCGGAGUAAUUAUAUCGUAACACUGACUAUUCUUAUAUAUCUUUUAGGAAUUUAAGUUGAAAAAGAGACAGGUAA